AAUCAUAGUCAAACUUCAAACAUCGCUCAAACGCGAAAUCCUUUUGUUUUAUUCGACUUCGACAGUUCGACAUUUUCGACAGUUGAAUCAAUUAUAUUCAUGUAGGCUAUGUUGUAUUUGAGUUGGACAUGUUAUUCCCUUACACUUCUUUGAGAUGUUUAAAUAUUUAAUGAACUUUGUUAAUAAUUGUAAAUCGUACAGGUUUUUGGUUAACAAAUAAUUUGAGUGAGUUUGUGAUGAUAGUUUUAUAAAUUAGAUUCUGUAUUCAUAAAUAUUUUUUGACAAGACAAAACAGGUCUUAAGUCAAAUAAAUUAUUAGGUAGGACCUAUUUUAUGAUUUGAAUAUGGCUGGUAGUUCAUGUGAUUAUUAUAGCUUAGUAGAGUACUAUGGGGAAAAUAAAGGAUAUACCUGUGGUUACUGUAAAUCGUCUGAUACUAAUUGCAGUCAUGGAAUGUGGGCGCACUCAAUGACUGUACAGGAUUAUCAAGACUUGAUUGAUAGAGGAUGGAGAAGAAGUGGUCAAUAUAUUUACAAACCCAGUAUGGCUGUUACAUGCUGCCCAAUGUAUACAAUAAAGUGCUCAUUGCCGGAUUUCUCAACAACAAAAUCACAGAAAAAGUUGUUGAAAAGAGUUCAUAAAUUCUUAUGUGAUGGAACAUCCAAGUUCAAUAAGCAUGAUUCGGAUUCAUCGGACAUGGAGAGUGAACCUGCUUUCAACAAUGUGAACGACAUACCAGACUUGAAAGAGAAGGCUGAGAAAGCUGCAGCUAAUGCUGAUAAAGCAGUUGUUAAAAAAUCUCUGUAUGAUAUGGAAGGAGAUGGUGAUAAUAAUGCUGGAAACUCUGGUAUAGAUGAAAAAAUGUCGAAUGAGACAAAGCCUUGUGAUGAUAACACAGAUAAAGAAGUUAGUAUUCAACAAAAUUCGCCUGUGACGACAGAAUCCGAAAAAAUAGUGAAGCAAGGUCAAGGAGCCGAUACCGACAAACCUAGUUGUAAAAAAGCAAAAUUUUUACGGUUGGAACGGAAAAAACAGAAGCUUUCAAAGCAAGGAAUGAGUGCCGAAGAUAUAGAGUCAAGCCUAAAAAAGAAAGAUACUAAUUCUGGAAAGACUAUUGAGGAGUUCAUAAAUGCUCCCGUGCCAGAAAAUCCGGCUCAUAGGCUCGAGAUUAGGCUAGUACGUUCUUGCCCUCCUUCGGAAGAAUUUCAAGAAACAGCUGAUGCUGCAUAUGAAGUUUAUAAAAGCUACCAGAUGACGAUUCAUGGUGAUAUCCCUUCAAAGUGCUCCUUGCGACAAUUCACAAGAUUCCUUGCUAAUUCGCCGUUGAAGCAUGAGAAAAGAGGACCUCCCUCAGGCUACGGUUCUUUUCACCAGCAGUAUUGGCUAGACGAUAAAUUGAUAGCAGUUGGAGUUAUAGAUAUUCUACCUAAAUGUGUUUCAUCAGUCUAUUUCUUCUACGAUCCCGAAUAUAGUCAUCUAUCGAUGGGGACAUAUGGCUCUUUGAGAGAAAUAGCUUUUGCUCGCUCAUUGAACCAAACUGUUCAUGAGCUGAAAUUCUACUACAUGGGCUUCUACAUAGAUUCAUGUCCGAAGAUGAGAUACAAAGCCAGAUACAAGCCGUCAUUCCUGCUCUGUCCUGAGGUGUAUUCGUGGCAUCCUGUUGAAGCAGCUCUCAUCAAAUUGAAAAAAUCUAAAUAUUCCCGCCUCAAUGAUGAUGAACAAGCUGUUGAUCCGCACAGUCAGCUAGACAUUGAAGCUAUUCCAGUUGUCUAUAACUGCACCCUGGUUCCAUACGUCCGAUACAGGAAUUCUCUUGGAUCAAAAGCCCAAAAAUUAGUCGAUGACGAAGUUACAGAAUAUGCGAAAUUGGUCGGAAUGAAAUGUGCAAAGAAAAUAUUAUUAGUUAGAAACUAAAACGUUCAAAUAUUAUCUUGUAAAUACACUCCGCUUUGAAAUAAAUAACAUUUGUGAUCUGAAA